AGUGUCAACUAGGCACCUGUCUCAAGAAAUGACCAGAGAGAGAGAGAGAGUGAAGAGGAAACACCAACCAAUUUGCCACCUUGAUUUAAGGGGGAUUGUGCUGUCCAUAUGGAAGUGUGUUUCAUACGUCCAAAAGUUCAGAUGUAGCGCAGCUUCUUGUUCAUAGUCAAGAAAACUUUUCUUUUCCUCCCUAGGAGAAUACGCCAAGAAAGCUUGCAGCACAGACAUAACCUUGCAGCAUUCCAUUCUUGCUUGCGGCCAUCUGUUUCAGAGGGAAGACCUCCGCUCCGCAAUGGCGAUAGCAAUGAAGGGCAUAUUCAAAGGGUUCAAGAUCAUCGCUCAAAUAUUCACAAUGCACAAGGAGCACGAGAUGGAGAUCGGGUACCCUACAGAUGUGAGGCAUGUGUCUCACAUAGGUUUGGGCGCUAGCGAUUCAUGCCCAAGCUGGAUGAACGAGUUCAGAGGAUUAGCGGAGGCAUCAGCUGGUGGACCCGUCAGCUCCGUCGCGCAGUCAAGGCAGACCUCCUGGGCUUCUCUAGACUUCGAGCAGCCGAUAGGCGUGCUGCUACCGACGGAGGCCUGCCCUGACAGCUCCGGCCACGACGCCGCCUGCGGUGGCACCCCAAGAGGCCCCAAGAAGGCGACGAGGACGAAGAAAGCCAGGGCAUCGUCGCCUGCCUCGUCCGCGAGGUCGCCCUCGUGGAGGUCGAUGGCCUCGUUCGCCACGGCGUGCGACGACAACGGCGAGCCGCCGAGCGCGCUGCGAGUCGCCUGAUUCGCAGAGGGCGCCUCUGCAAUCUCUGUAUGUACAUGCGUGUCGCCACGUAGGAGCCUAGAGCAGCGAGUGAGAACCCUUUUCCUGUUACGUUUUCGUUUGGUUUGUUUGGGAGCGUGUCACAAAGAUGGAACCAAGUUUCUUCUAAAAAUGGCUUUCUCCUAAAAACGUUUCGUUCAAAAAAAAGUUUCUUAUAAAAAAAGGAGCUAAGUGAAGAAUAGAGCAACUCGCACGCAUGGCUCCAUGCUGGAUAAAACCGUUCUUCAUUCUUGUGUGUUUUAGUCAACUUGGUGAAAGGUUUUGGUUGCUUCUCAUGAA